UUUUUGGAUAAGCAUGACAAAACGGAAUUCAUUUUUUGCCAUGAAUAUUUUCUGGGUUGGGAUAUUUCAGUUUCUCGAAUUGUUUUUCGUCUCAUUCUCUUCCACUCACUCACCCUCUCGGUCGGCAUCUGCCUGACACAGCCAUUAUUUUCUACCACUCGUCGCCGUUCGGCCGGCCGUAUCAUAUUAUCUCCUUCAUCUCUGCAAAACACACGAAAACCAGUCAAAAGAAGAAAAUAAAAAAAAAAACAUCCUUUUAAUUUUCUGUCUCACCUCUGCUGGUCCUUUCUUGACUGCUGUCUCUUUAUCUCUAUUGUAUAUCCUUGGAGUUUAAGUCGUUGCGUAGUUGUUGAAUGUUUCAGAUCUCUAGUUAAUAUACUUAUAUUAGGGUGUGUUUGGAUACAUCAGUUAGUGUGUCUUAAAUGGAGUUAUCAUAUGUUUGGUUUGACAUUUAUAGAAUUCGACAGGCCCAAGUUAAAGAGGAAGGCCCGCCUAAAUUAGUGUGAUAGUGCCAUUUAGGAUAACUUUUGAAAUUUCUCUGAUACAUAUCUGAGUUGCUCAUAUAAAAAAGUAUUCCAUGUGCAUUUACUUAAUUAGCCCUCUUGUUUGCCCCUACAUAAUUGAACGGACGAACUUCACAAAGUAGAUUCUGCUACCCUUCUAGAUUGUCUGUCUGCAAAUAUUCAUUUUACAUUUUGGUGACAUAUUUCUGAUCUUAACGAUGAGAACGAGGCAACUACAAGGUGCAUUUGAGCACCACACCGGCGAUAAAGAAGGCCGAUUCUUUCGAGCGUGACGAGCUCGACUAGGCUGCGUCUUGUUUUAGUUAGUAAAUUAGCUUACUUAUUUGAUUCUGGGGCUUUGUCCAUAUGAAAUUGGACCGUUUAACGGUGUCUUCUUUAGCUGUUUUGGCAGACUGAGCUUUAUAUCCAUGUCUAGUUUGCAGAGAGAGAUGCCCAAAUUCUUUGAUUAGGCUUAAUUUUAUAUAUAAUCUUGUACAAUACCGGAAUGAUGUGUUAUGUUUUCAUUUUUAGGUUUUUGAGUGGCAUAAGUUUUUUUAAUCUAUGUUCAGUUGUUUUAUGCUAUGAUUUGUAGGUGUCGGCCAGUAAUCUUGUUCUUGCCUUUGAGUUUGAUUUAAAUUUUUUAAGUGUUGCUUACUUUUAACCAUGCGGUGCAAUGACAGAAAAUGGAGUUCUGCAUUCAUCCAAAUACGGCUCUUGGAAGGGAAUAAUUGAAAUAUGAAAAAUGUACAAGGUUCUUUUAUGGUAGCCAUAACCGACAUGUCGUCGAAUGAUCCCAACUCUAAUAAUCCUAGUGACUCAGAAGUCUGGACCUGCUUUCGUAACACCCGUGCUUGGUAUGAUACUCAAAAGAGCUUCGUGGCUUGCCAAGGAAUUGUCAGAUGGAUUUGAAUCUAAGCCAGCUGCAGUAAAUGGUUCUUCAAUUUGGUGGAAGAAGAUCAAGCCGAAUUUCGUGUCCAUUUUUGGCUCGAUACUUCGUGGUCUGAGAGCACUCCACAAGGACGGCAAAUAUCAUGGUAACUUAUUGAAUGGAGUUGCUAUUAAACAAAUAGAUAAGCCUAAAGGCAUAUUAUUUAACAUGGUUCAAGAUCCUCGUCAGAUUACUCUCACGAGGCAGACUCAAGAUCCUCGUCAGAUUCUCACGAGGCAGACUCAAGACAUCAUCAGCCUUGAUACAUUACUUAGAUGGGUGUUAAUGUACCCAUUUUUACAAGAUCCUGCUCGUGCCCUUCCAAAAUUAGUGGAUGAAUAUGAGCGCUUAUGUUUCUUGCAACUAAGGCACAGGAUUGAUAAUGAAUUGCCCUCUGGUACUUGGCUUGCAAAGUGGGAUCUUAAUCUGGCUAUUUUCUGGGAUGAGUUGGAGACAAUACGCUUUAUGAAGAGUGUCUGCCGCAUGGUUCAAGAUUUGAGGGACUUUGAAACUGUUUUUUCUCGUUUGUUUACUUCAAAUUGGAAAAAACGAGUUAAGAAUGAGGAUAUGCAAAGGAUCUUAAAUAAUAGUACUUACACAGAUGUUGGUAUUCAGAAGCUCCGCUUUUGGCGCAAUUGCAUAGAGCACAUCAGAGUUACCGCGGGUGACAAAAGCGUAGAAGUUCGCAUCCAUAGACUUGUUACUAAAGACCUACCUGAACUGUUACCCGAAGUUGUGGCUGCCUAUCAUGAUUACUUGAGACUAGCAGAUCUGAAGCAGUGUGCUGAAUCAUAUUCUGUAUUCAAAGACAUGCGUUGGACCUGAUCCCAAAUUAUUUAGCUUUAUAGUUUCUCAUAAAAUUGUUUUUAGGGUUUAAAUUUUUUAGAAUCAGACUACUGUAAAAUUACUGUUCUUGAAUUCUUUUUAGAGACUAAGGCAUCUUUCAAUUGA